AUGAGGCACCAAACAGGAAGUGUUGGAGAAGCAUUUGCUAGGCAUGAAGAAAAUCAGCAAUCACCGAACAUGGUCAAACAAUGGAGGGCAGCACUAAGAGAAGUUGCAGAUCUAGCAGGGAAGGUCUUACAAAACCAAGCUAAUGGGUACGAGUCAAAGUUUGUCAAGCAAAUUGUUAAAGUGGUUGACGAAAAACUAAGUCACAUGCGCACACCCUUUAUAGUUGCAUCCUACCCGAUUGGAAUCAAUUCUCGAGUCAAAUAUAUUAAUUCAUGGUUAAAUGAUGGAUCAGCUGAUGUUGGUAUAAUUUUAGUUAAUGGGAUUGGCGGAAUUGGAAAGACUACCAUUGUGAAAUUUGUUUAUAAUUUGAACUUAGAAAAUUUGAAGGAAGUUGUUUCCUUGAAGAUGUCAGAGAAACUUCAAGACAACCCAAUGGUUUAG